AUGAUGGAUAGGUUGGCGAUCGCCGUCGUUUUUCUGUCAGCUGUUGUUUUUGGGCAAGACGUUCCUCCGAAACCCAUCAACUACAUUGAUAAUUCCAUUGUUGGUGGGUGGCUUUUGAAGAAGAAAUAGUGAUAAAUGACAGAAAACAUAAUUUUUUUCAAAAUUCAACAAAAACGAUUUUUUGGUGGUAUGAAAAAAAUACGUGCGAAAAUUCAAACGACGACUUUUCCGAUUUUUUCAUAUCGCUAGGGAACUUUCCGACGGCCACCUUUCCGACGAAUCUCUUUCCGACUUUAUUCCCUUAUGUUUUUCGGUUUAUAGAACAUCUAUUAAUAUUUUUUUUUCCUAUUUCUUUGUGUUUAAAUCAUGAACCAACUACCUACUUUAUAUAAGAAGAUUUAAAACGAAGAUUUUUAUCGAGAAAAAAAGUCGGAAAAAGUUUCGUCGGAAAGGUGGCCGUCGGAAAGUUCCCUAGCGAUAUGAAAAAAUCGGAAAAGUCGCCGUUUGAAUUUUCGCUGGUGUUUUUUUCAUACCACCGAUUUUUUUCUCACUGACAAUUUUUCCGUUUUUUUCAUGGGCUUUUAUUAAAAAUAUAGAAAACUUGAGUGGUCCCUACAGGGAUUAGCGGGAAAAAAAGCACCUAAAGAGGCCGAAAAAGUGGUCCCUAUAGGUGCCCAUGAAGAUCAAGUAGUCCCUAUAGGGAUCUUUCAAUUUUUGUUAAAUUUGAUCAUUUUUUUAAAAUAUUUUUUAGCUAGAAAAAUCCGUUUUUUCAACAGCAAGAACAUACAAAUGGUCUAUAAAAAAAUAAUUCCAGGUGUGCCGAAAGUGAUUUGCGCUGAGAAUGACCUUGCGCUGGACAUUGUCACGUCAAAGCCCUUCCAGGCGGGAUUUCCCACUCAAUUUCGAAGAAUUUCUCCUUUUUAGGGGAAUAUUUUUGUGAAAGGCCGAGCAAAGGACAAGUCCUGUCGACAGUCCUACGCCAAUAAUGGGACGAAUUCUUAUUCGCUGCCCCUCGGCAAGUGCGGCAUGCAGCGGUUGAGAUCGGUCUGUUGAGAAAGUCUUUGAAUUGCCGAAAAUAUACUGAGGAAGGUUUUAAGUUGAAAAGAAACGAUUGGAAAAGCUUGAUACUGGCCUUUAAAGUUGAGAUUUGACAUUAACUAUGAUAUAAAAAUAGUGAAUUUCAUUACUUUGAAUGGUAUUUUUUUGUUUCAUCUUCAAAAAAAUUCGUCUAUUUUUUUCGAAAAAAACCUCAGGGCAAAAAUUUCACCAAAGGGGGAUCGAACCUGCGUCAUAGAUUCCACAGCGCAGGCCGCUAGCCACUACACCACGCCACCUGCUUUCAGUGGAAGUUAGACGCCGCGACAUAUUCCCUCCUCCUAUCCAAGUCAUUUUUCGCGUGCAAACUUUGAGAUGCCAUAACUCGACUAGAACGCAAAAGGCACACUUUUUUUCAACUUUAUUGGAAUCAGGGUGCCCUAAAGUACCUAUAUACUAAGUUUCAUCAAAAUCUCAACAGACCUCCUUUUGCACUCCCCGUGUUAGGGUAUUUUCAGGGUAAAAUCGAUACUUAGGAGCUCUAGAGUGGUCCCUAUGGGGGCAAUCUUAUGACCAGUUUACCAACCCCUAUAGGGGCAACGAAAGCUUGCAAAAGUGCCCCCUAUAGGGGACAUGCUGGUCGAAAAUAACUAUGAAUUCUAACAAAGCGAAGAAGCAUUUCCAUGGGAAAAACUGAAUAAAUAAGGUUUUUAAAUGAAAUUUAGAGACCCCUAUAGGGUUCACUUGAGCUUUAGAGACGAAGGGGUCAGACCCUGAACCCCUAUAGGGUUCACUUUGAUUUUACCCCUAUGGGGACCACUUUUUCGGCCCCUACAGUGGUUUUUUCUCCAAUAAUCCCUAUAGAGACCACUCGCAAACCCUAAGAACGGUAAAAGCUUCGAAAAAAAAUAGCGGAAAAAAAUCGAUAAAAAAAGUACAAAAAAAACUGAUUAAAUUUUUUUAUUCAUUUCAGACUUAAUUAUAUAAACAUUUUUAAAACUCUUUUACCAUACUUUAACGCAAAAUUGACGCUUAUAUUAAUCUAAUUUAUAAAAGAAAUAUAUCAGGCCAACCCCCGUGGCGUCAACUUCAUGGUGACGGUGAUCGUCUCGUUCCAUCCGGCCGGUUUUAUCACGAAAAACGACCGAGCUUUCCAUGUCAAGUGCUUCUAUAUGGAGCCUGAUGAGAUCGUCACCCAGAGCAUCGAUGUUAGGUUGGUGAAAAAAUUAGAUUUUUCUAGUGAAUAACCCCCGAGGAAGGUGUUUUAUAGUCUGUUCAUAUUUUUAAUGUCAAGUGCAAUGACGUCAUUCAAAAACACUCUGUGGAUGGCUCGCUCUCUGAUUGGUUUAUUGCACCAUUAUGGGCGGAGCUUGAGCGACAACUUGACAUUCAAAAUCUGAACCUUCUCUUGAAAAUCGGCAAAAAUUAUUCUUGACGUACCAGAACGGCGUUUUUUUUUAACUGCCCAUGUUUUUUACGUAAAGUGUAGUGUGUCGUGUGCAUGCACCUCGGCGCUCUCGCGCACGUUCAAAAUAUUUUUCGCGGAAUUAUAAGUUUUAUCUGAAUUUCUGAAAUUCAGUUCUAUUUUCCACUCGCUGGUGGAUAUUUUGAAUUUCGCGGAAUUACUUUCAACACGGCAUGUGUUUAAAAAAUGAAACAGAUAAAUCGCGUGUUUUUUUUAAAGGAAUAGGGGCAGUAAAAAACGGGGUUCCAGGUGAAAGCAGUAUCUUAUAUAGUUUUUCCUUGCGAAUCGAACGGUGUACUCAAAAAAAUUACAGAUGUUACUACUUUUGAAGAAAAACGCGAUUUUACUUUCCCGUUUUUAAUUUUGAAAAAAUGCUUUGGAUCGGUAUGCAGACAACUGAUUACAGUAGCCGUGCACGCGAUGUUGCGGACGCCUCAUUAGACUCGCAUUUUGUGAGGAAUAACCGGAUAUCUGCUUAAAAUUAAGGGUUUCUUCUCAGAAAAAACAUUUAGUCAAACAAAAAACACACCCCGAUAAUAAAGAAAACACAAAAUACCGCUAUCCCAAUCGAAACCUGUGUAAAAUCAUCAUUUUUCACCAGAAAAACAUUUUUGCGAUUAAAGUUUGCAAAUUAUACAUGAAUAGAAAGUUUCUGUGACAAAAAAACUAUGGUGACAACAGAAAAAAUUGAAAAUCGAAAGAAACGAAGAAAAAAGCAAAAAUCCGGAAGAUGGCGAAGCCUGUUGUCUAUAGAGCAACUUUACUGCAAAACCCCCUUUUUGGCGGGAACUCAAACUUUCCUUUCUCCGACUUUGAAUUAUUUUUUUCUCGAAAACUAGGAACUUCUGUACGUUUCCAAGUUCACCGUUCGAUUCGCAAUGGAAAACUCUAUACAGUACUGCUUUGACCUGAAACAAUUACUGCCCCUAUGCCUUCAAUAGAAACAGCUUUGAAAUUUAAAUAAUAUUGACUUUUCAGCAACUUGGCGACGACAGAGUUGGCUGAUAGUAUGGCCAUGCCUCGGUGCGAAUAUUCCGUCAGAAGAGAUGGUCCCAACGGCCCUUCCCUCACCUAUGCCAACGUUGGGGACACGGUGAGCGGAAAAAAAAGAAAAUGAUUUUUUUCGUUAAAAAAAAUAUUUAAAAAAAGUUUUUACACAAAAAGUGUUCAACUGGCUUUCGUUCAAAAACAUUUUUUUUGGUAUUUUUAUUACCGUAACCCUAAAAAGGGGCGGAGCCUCUCAAAAACGUAUGUAAAAUUUUCAAGACCUUGUGUAGUUUUUGUUAAGAAAAUAAUGUUUCUAGCUCUCGCAGGGCUUACUGUAGUUUACCUACCAUUGAGACUACGGUAUGGGAUUACUGUAGUUGGAACGAACUUCAAACAUUUUUUUUUGAUUUUGAAGCUCUUCUUCGUUCUAAUAUCGUUAAGAAAAAGCUAUCGAAAUUCAAAAAAAUUUCUUAAUUUUUCUCAAGUUUUUCUCUAUCCUCGAACUUGUUUUUAAUAAAAUUCCGGGACACUUAAGUUUUUUUAAUGAAACAGAUGUGAAGCUUUUUUAAACUUUAGAAAAAAAUAAAUCAGGUUUUUGAAGUUUAUUUUUCCUCUGACGCAAAAUUUUGAUGUACAAUUUUCAUUCAGAAAAUUUUUUUUUGUACAACUUUAUACUCAAAAUUUGCAAAUUUUCCAGGUUUUCCACGUCUGGGAGUGCACGCCGGCUGAAAUGGGAAUGCUCGUCAAGAAAUGCUUCGUCACGGAUGGCGAUGGAGAAGACCACGCUGUCGUGGAUUUCGAUGGGUUCGUGGUAGAAAAAUAAUCAUUUCAAAACGACAGAAAAGAACUUCCAUGUUCGGAAAAUAUGGAAAAAGCUUCAUAGAAAUGUUCCUGUUUGCUUCCUUUUUGGGCCAUUUCAUGGGCUAUUAUGCACCAUUUUUGCUGCCUUUUCCUUUUUCCACCAUUUCUUGAGCCUUUAAAAUACUAGAAAAAAAAGGAAGGCUUUGUAAAGGGGCUCUUUUUGCUGUCUUUUUGCAGCCUUUUUGCAGCCUUUUUGAAGCCUUUUCGCUGCCUUUUUGGUGUCUUUUUUGCUGCCUUUUUCCUGCCUUUCUGCGGCUUUUUUGGGGCCUUUUUGCAGCCAUUUUGAAGCCUUUUAUCAGCUGUUUUGCACCAUUUUUGCUGCCUUUUUGCAGCCUUUCUGCGGCCGUUUUGGGGCCUUUUUGCAGCCUUUUUGAAGCCUUUUUGCUGCCUCUUUCUUUUAGCGGCUAUCCUUUACCAUUCUUCAUUAUGUAGUACAAGGAUUUUGAUUAUUUCAAAAAUUUCCAACAAAGAUUUUUCUCGAAUCCCCCCCCAAAAAGCUUGAAAACUUUGAAAAAUCCAGGAAAAAUCGUAAUUUUUCUUGUACACAUCUAUCCGCAUCGUUAAAUAUGUUUUUCUCACAAACAAAAAAAGUCAAAAAAAUGAAAGUCUUUGAAUUGAAUCAAACUUUUUUCGGAUGUCGAAAUUCCCUGUGAAAUGCCCUUGAGUCGCCUCAAACCUUGUAAUCAUUUUUCAUUGGAUGGCAUGUCUUUUUUUCUCGAUCUUUCUCCGAUCUUUCAGCCCUGAAUAACAAUGAAGAGAGCCAUUCAGACGGAAUAAUCACUGAAAAGUACGAUUUUAUUUGCAUUUUAGGCAUUGAAAAUUGGGUUUUUUUUAUGUGGGAGGACCGUUCAAAGUUGGAGAAAAUGUCGAUUUUGGGGGUUUUUUAUGUUUGAAAUUUUUUACAAUGCAAUGAAGGCUGUUUUCUGUCAGGUUUCAAAGAGGAUUUUUGAAAAUUUAUUGACUUUUUUUUUACAUAAGGAUCAAAAGUGUUUAGAAGCAGGAAAAAGCUAGUUUUUAGUAUUUUUAGAAAAUUAUUGCUCAUGUUACUAAGAAAAAUAACGUCAUGAAAAAAAAAACGAGACAUGAUAAUAUUUGAUGAUUUGGUUAAAGCGAGGGAUCAACUGCGAGCUGAAGAGACGCCAGAGAAGUUAGAGAAUCUCUUUUUCUCUAUCGUCUCUUCUGAGCGUCAUUGUCUCUCACUUCUGUCUUCUCGAGCCGAUUUUUGAAAAAUCCUUGCUUUUUGAACAUAAAAUAUAAAAACGAGAGAUCAACUGCAAGCUGAAGAGACGCCAGAGACGCCAGAGAAAUCAGAGAAUCUCUUUUUCUCUGAACUCUCUUCAGACUUGUGAUGUUUUUUCUAGUAAUCCCUUGAAAUAAAAACACUUUCCAGCUGCUCAACGGACCCAUUCCUGCUCAGCGAGCUCAUUUAUGACAGUACCUUGAUGCGGGCACACGCCUCCAGUCAGGUACAGUUUUCUCGAAACUUUAAAAAUUAAUCAAAAAAUCAAGGUCUUCAAAUACGCCGACUCCAAUCAGCUCUACUUCACUUGUCAAAUCAGACUCUGUCAAAAGCAGAUGGGCAUGUGCCAGGAUGUUACGGUGAGGAUUUCAGGGGGGAGAAUUGGUAGCUUUAAGGAUUUAUAGUUAGUUGAUUCAUACAUGAGUUCAGGUGAUUUUCGUCGUCAAAAUGAGUUACAAUUAUUCGUGUGAAGCUUGGUAUUGUAGCCGUGGAAAAAAUAGCCUCGCAGAGGGGAAAAUGCGCCCCAUCGCGAAAAAAAAGUGGAAAAAAUAGCCUCGCAUAAGAAAAAAUGUGCCCCAUCGCGAAAAAAAGGAAAAAUAGCCUCGCAGAAGGGAAAAUGCGCCCCAUCGCGAAAAAAAAGUGGAAAAAAUAGCCUCGCAUAAGAAAAAAUGUGCCCCAUCGCGAAAAAAGGAAAAAUAGCCUCGCAGAAGGGAAAAUGUGCCCCAUCGCGAAAAUAACUGGAAAAAAUAGCCUUGCAGAUGGGAAAAUGUGCCCCAUCGCUAAUUUUCGAAAAUCUUGACUUUUUCGCGGUUUGAUUGAACUCCCUAGCCUUGGUUAUCAUUGCAGAAAUUGAAAAGACUGUUUUUCCAAAUUUCCAGCGACUUUUUCUUUUUUUCUACUCCAGAAUCUAAAAGUCCUUUUUCUAUGAGAAAAAUGAGCAAAAAUGAAAAAUUUUGCUUCCUGUUAUGAAUACCUGGACAUGCGCUUUGAACUAGAAACCUAGAGCCACGCCCCUUUUUGCAAUGGUGAAAUGCACUUUUUAGACUUUGUGUUUGAUGUUUUCGUAAAAGCGCAAUACUGAACCAAACACAGAGAAAGUUAGUGGAAACAUAGAGAAAACCUUCCUCUUCAAUCUGAUAUACUUUUCACCCGAUUUUCGUAGCGUUUUAGCGGAGUGUCGUACAAAAAACCAAAACUACUUUUUUUUCCUUCGAGUUCUUAACCUAGUUCCAUGUCGUUGGCGCCUUUUUUAUUUUUGAGUUUGAUUUUAAAGUGAAAAAAAAAUAUUUCAAGAAAAAUUCCUACGAUGUCUAAUCUUCGUGAGGCCGCGCAAAGUUCAAAAUUUUGUACUCGGUUGAACCUCAAAAAAAAAAAUCAUUCCGAAUGUCGAUCAUGUAAUAUAAUUGCUCACGGGAUCGUUGCGCCCUUCCGCCGAGAAAUUUGGUCAACUAUUGACCUUCGUUCCACUUUUAGGGUCUCAAAAAUUAAAGUCUUUGAACUAGAGUUCUUCGAUUCAAAGGGUUUGAUUUUGAGAAAAAAUGUCACUAAAGGUUGAUUACUGUUUUUUCGAGCCUUGAUAUAAUUUUUGUUUUCAAAGUUUUAUACUCACGAUGUCUAGCUUCUAUAUGCAUAUAAGAAAGUUGCAAGAAGUUGAAAAAUGAAAAAUGAAGAAAGAGACGAAUAAAAAUGGAAAAUAGCCUUUUUCGUUGGUUGGAGCGUGCUCCAUUGAUAACUGUAGAACUUUCUCUUUCAAAUAAACCUCCAUGGCUUAGGUUAAGGUGAUUUCCACUAAAGCAGCUUACUAAUGCGAUAAUUUUUGAAAUCGAUCCAAAAACGCACUUUGACCGUUUUUUUAAAUACACUUAAGUGGCACCCUGCCGUUUCGAAACGAAAAAAAAAAUGAUUUAGAGGCUUUUCAAGGAUAGCUGUUUGUGAAUUUACACAUCCUCUACCGAGAAAACAUUUUUACUUGUUAAAGUGUGCUCCAUUGAUAACUAUGGCUCAUUGUCCCUAUUUUGGAAACGAUCAAUUUGGCUCAAGGUUCCUGUUAACAAACUUGAUCACUUUGCGUCAAUUAUAUUUCGAUGAAGAAUAAAAAGCCUUUUUUGUUGGUUAGAGUUUGCUCCAUUGAUAAAAAGUGACUUAUGGACAUUUUUCGAGUAAAUAGCGGUGAAUGUACUAUGUGCUGUUUUAAGACAAAAGCGCUGCUUUUUUUUUCUCUUCUUCUCAUAAAUUUUGAUUGACCAUGUAGGCCUUGGAUGAGAAGUACUUUACUUUGACUGGUCAUUGACGCGCGUCCUUUUGUAGAAAUUUGACACGGACGAUUGAGGCGAACUCUCGCGCGCAAUUACCAGUCGCUCGCUAUAACCUUUCUUUUUGGACUUCCCUACUUAGCCUAUUUUCAAGAUCCAGUGCCCUUCUUUUGAACCCUAAUAACAGCUGCUCUCGAAAAAAAAAGAGUUUCGAAACGUCGAUUUGGGGAUUUUUGAGAUCUGAAACCAAUCGAGGGGUAUCGCGAUACUACCUGAGGUUUUGGAUUGAAUACGAUUUUUUUUUUAGGAUUCAUUAUGCUUGAAUCUGAACUACGAGAAGGGGGGGUUGAUCAUGGUUAUUAAUAUUAUCAUUAAUAAUUAAUUAAUAUCGCUUUAAGGAGGAUUUUUUUCGGAUCGAAAUACGCUUCAAAAUAAUUAAUAAAUCAUUCAGGCCUCACUAAAUUUUUUUAAAAAAAUGGUAUCUUUUGAUUUCUGUAAAUCUGACCCGAAAAUUCUUUUUAAAUCAUCAUUUUCAAUAUAGCUGACGGGUGGCUUGAGCCACUGAAAAAAAUAGUUCCGACACGAAGAAAAAGUAAUUUUUUUAUGUACUGGUAUCGGGUCAAAGUGCAAUCGUUAGGGUACAAACUGACCUUUUUUUAUUUGUUGUAACCUUUUGUCCAUUCAAUAUCAUUAUUAUUAGCGCUUUAGUUAUAAAACGUGGGCUGAAAAGGGUCAUAAAAGGACUAAAAAAGGGAGAGGCCGCAAAAAAGGUGAAGAAAGAGCGAAGGUGCAAAAGGGUUCUGAAAUUCUCUUCUAUUGAUAAUUUCCGAUUUCAUUACUGUUGCAUAUUUUGGUUCAUACACAGUCCCUUGUAAAAAUUAUUCCUAAUUAAAAAAAAAUUGUAUUUCUCAAAAGGGUCCAAAAAGGGUGGAUGAAGGCCGAUGAAAGGAGGCAAAAAGGCAGUGAAAAGGAAAUCGUUGCCACCCGUUUAGGAACAAUUAAUGGAAACAGACGGAUCUGUAACGGACGCUCAAAGGGCCCGUGAAGGGUCCUUCCGACUUUGUCUAUGAUUAAACUUCGAUUUUGUUUGAUCUAUGUACAUAGGCAAAGUCGGAAGGACCCUUCACGGGCCCUUUGAGCGUCCGUUACAGAUCCGUCUGUCUCCAUUAAUUGUUCCUAAACGGGUGGCAAAGGUUUCGUUUUUACUGCCUUUUUCCGUCCUCUCAUCGGCCUUUAUCCACUCUUUUUUUACCCUUUUGAGAAACACAAAAUUUUUUCUUAAAAUCUUUACCAGUUACUCUGUAUGUACGAAAAUGUGCCACAGUAAUAGAAACGGCAAUCAUCAAUGGCCGAGACUUUCAGAACCCUUUUUGCGGCCUUUUUGAGGCUUUUUAGCCCACCAAGUAAGAAAGACUCAAUAAAGGCCGCAAAACAGAAUCCUUUAAGCGGCCAUUUUGCAACCGUUUUUCGCACUUCCGACUUUGGCAGUGAUUGGGUUUUUAUGUAAUUUAGGAAAUCUAUAUAUUUUUGGUAGGCAUUUAGAGUUAGACUUCUUGUACAAUUUGAAGUUUCCAAGAAAAUUCUCAACAGUUGCGGCAUGGUUUCGAAUAACUUUAUCGUGUUCUUCAUUAAAAAUGGAUUAAGUAACGAAUCGUUUGUUUUUUUCAACGAGAAAGUUUUCAGCCGCCACGCUGCGGGGCCAACCGGGUGAAGUCGAGCUUCUCCAACGACACCGAAGUCGCCGAGACCAGAACCAAACGAGGAGCUUCAUCUACGGUUCUCCGACAUGGCGACGAGAUCGAGGUCGACGUCUCCACGGCGGAACUCCUGGUCCUGGACCCCCAUGACGGCGGUUUCCCGACGCCGUCAACCGUCUGCAUGCCACGUCUUCUGCUCGCCGUCGGACCGCUUCUUUUCGUCACCGUCGUCGCCUUGACGGUGGUCCUCACGGCGAUGAUCGUCCGACGACAGGCCGUCCUGGCCAAAACUUCCGAUUCUCCCGUUUCUGUCCGCUUUUAUUGA